GGCUUCUGUGGCCAGCACACGACGCCAUGGCAGCCAGCUAGGAGCCAGCGGACAAGGGGCUUUCCCAGAGGCUUCGUGAGCACAGCAAAGAGCCUGAGAAGCUCUGCCUCGAAUGAGGCGGACAGAUAUAUGUUGGGUAAAGGAGGAAAACGGAAGUUUGAUGAGCAUGAAGAUGGGCUGGAAGGCAAAGUUGUGUCCCCCUCCGAUGGUCCAUCCAGGGUGUCCUACACCUUACAGCGCCAGACUAUCUUCAACAUUUCCCUUAUGAAAUUGUAUAACCACAGGCCCCUGACCGAGCCCAGCUUACAGAAGACCGUUUUAAUUAACAACAUGUUGAGGCGAAUCCAGGAGGAACUCAAGCAGGAAGGCAGCCUGAGGCCUGUGUUCACCCCCUCCUCCCAGCCCAGCAGCUCAGUGAGUGACAGCUACCGGGAGGCCCCACCGGCUUUCGGCCACCUGGCUCCCACUCACCCCUGCGACCUUGGAAGCACUACGCCCCUGGAGGCCUGCCUCACCCCAGCCUCCUUGCUGGAGGACGACAAUGACACGUUUUGCACUUCGCAGCCUGCAGCUCCUACCAGAGUCUCCCCUGCGGCCCUGCCCCCGGACAAGGACAGCUUCUCCUCUGCCCUGGACGACAUUGAGGAGCUCUGCCCCACAUCUACCUCCACCGCGGCCGCCAGCGCAGCGCCCGACAGCUCCAAAGAGCCCUCCGGCGGCAUCAGCGGCCAGAAAGCUGAGGGGCCCCAGGAGGGCCGCCCAGAUGACUCGAGACUCAUCGACUCUCUGCCUGGGAAUUUUGAAAUAACGACAUCCACGGGUUUCCUGACAGACUUGACCCUGGAUGACAUCCUGUUUGCCGACAUUGACACGUCCAUGUAUGAUUUUGACCCCUGCACAUCUGCGUCAGGGACAGCCUCCAAAAUGGCCCCUGUGUCGGCCGACGACCUCCUCAAGACUCUGGCUCCUUAUAGCAGUCAGCCUGCCACCCCGAGUCAACCUUUCAAAAUGGACCUCACCGAGCUAGACCACAUCAUGGAGGUGCUCGUCGGGUCCUGAGGCCUGCGCGGGGCCGUGACGGCUGGGCGCGCUGUGCAUGCACCCUUGCUUGCCUUUUUCAGAGACCGAGAACAUUUUACAAAAGGAUCACACUAGUUUUUGCUGUGAGCAGAGUUGGAGUGCCUUCAUCCAAGUAUGACCACUUUUAACACCCUAUUCGGAGUGGCUCCUGGUAUAGGAAAGAGUUCGUUUGAAGACAAGGUUGCUGGUGUUGGAGACAGACAGAGACCGUGCAAGUGAAGCACAAGGGUUAUGUUGGGAAAGCUGUAAAUCGCAUGUGCAUAUUUGUCUAUUUUUUCUAUAAGUUUUAUUGCAAGAGGUAAAAAAGAAAAUAUAUAUAUAUAUAUAUUAUUUAGAUAAUCUCAGUACUUUUUCUGGCAAUUUCGCCCUGUAUAGGUUGACUUGGCGAUUCAGCCUUUUUAGAGGCAUUAACUCCUCCUCGUAAGUGCUACAUUUACAUGGCUGUUUAGAAAACUGCUGCCCAAAUUUAUUUUAUAUUUUUGUACAGAUUCUGCAGUUUAUGAUAUUGUUUUUCUAAAAACAAAUGCUGUUUAUACCUAUGAGAUAGCUAUUUUGAUAGGAUUUGCUCACAUAGUUCCUGCAAACUUAAGACGUACAAGUUGCACUUGUACUUUUAUAGAGUUGUAAUGUUUUAUAUGUGUAUGGUGCAAGAGAAAAUUGUAUCAAAUCAAUCUGCAGUUGAUGUCCCCAAACACACACACACAUACACACACACACACACACACACACACACACACAGUGCUUUAAGAAAGGGCCAAGUGAUACCACACCUGAAUUUCACAAGCACUGGGUGCUGGCAGUGUCUCCUGCCAGCACCCAGACUUCCAAAGCCAGAGUACUGUCUGCUCAUCAGACUUGCGUUUAACAGUUGGUAGGAAUUCGGUUUAAGUAAUGGUCUCCUUACCUCCCUCUUUUGAGCAAAGGCUUUUGUCUUACUUAAAAGUAUAUUUAUGCCAAGUUUGCUCUUUUAAUUGUUUUUAUUUUUUAGAUGAAAAAAUCUUUCCCUUUUUGGCAUAAAUUUUAUCAUGAGCCUACAAUUUUACAUAACAGCAAAAUUUUAUGAAAAGCAAGCGACCUCUUCUUGAAGUGAGUCCUCUUGCGGUGCUUAGGGCUCAGGAAGAAGAAAUUCUCCCCAGAACGCAGCAAUCAUGUUGCUGACUUGCCUUUUCCGGUGUCCCUUGCCUAGAGCUUUUGUUCCCUCUGUUGCUAAGAGCUGCACAUGCCAUCUUUAUGAUCACCACAGUCAGCCAGGGCGCACCCUUGCAACAUCUGUGACUCUGGAACCUUGGGUCUGUCACUUUACGUCAUGGGGUGCGGUCUGGUUGCUUUCUUGAAUCAACUGCUCAUCUAACUAUACAUUACAUGGCUGAAAUACUCAAAUACAUCGACAGGAACUUCUAUGCAUGUUUCUGCCCCCCCCCUCCAAUCCCUUAAGAAGUAGCUUUUUGUUCCCGGUGACAGCGCUUAGUGUCCAGGUGUCCCCCGGUGUCUCGUGCCCCUCGCCCGGUCUCAGCCUUUCUGUCUGAGUUCUCCUUCCUCACGGUGGCACUUCAGCCGUCAGGUUACAACCACAUUGUUACGCAGCUGGCUUCUUUAGGAAUAAUUUUUAUAUUUAUUUAAAAAUGUUUAAAUUAUGCGAUUUUUGUCUUUGUUGUUUUGUUUGUUGUUGUCAUACGUCAGCAUUCAAUCACCAGUUCUGCUCACUUCUUGCCAUCGAUAAAAUUGGGUCUUUCUGGCCAAUUAGAAAAGCAACUUUAUGAAUGGCACUUUAAACAAGCCAUAGUUUUAUUUUUAUAGUGCUCGUGGUAAAGCAGAUAUGUUUGUGAUGAAGGAACUGCUCGUCUAAGUAAAAGAUUUGUGUAUGACAUGAUGAAAUCUUUCUGCAUCCUAAUUCCUCCCCCCCCCCCCACUUAAAUGUGUUCUAAAAACUAACACGAACUUGGCACAACAGUGAGAAACUGAUCAAAAUUACUCCAUCUUCUCUGAGCACCCUAGCUCAGACACCUGCCACCGGUGUUACUUCCUUUACGACAGGGACCGUUGGUGACGGUGAGGAUGGCUUCUGCUUCCAGGUGCGACCGCACUGUGCCUGUCCACUUAAGAGCUUCCCUUCUCGUAGAGAACUUGCCUGCCCCCACUGUAGGGCGGGAGGGCCGUGUGCAUCUACGUACACGCGCGUGCACAGUAGUGCCGGGUGUUCAGACAACGGCAGUGGGAAGCAUUGUUUGCCAUUGUUAAAAACUGAUUUACAGUAACUUAGAACAACUGUACUUCUGUUGGAUUAGCAAGUCUUGUGUUUAAACAAAUCCCGUAUGUUGGGCAAGAGUUCAAAUAAGCACAGAAGAGUAUUGCCAAACUCGGUUCUCUGGCUCUAGCACAUGCGUAAGGCCGGGCUCUGCAAACCAACCUAACCCCCCAGCAGCAGCCGGCAAGUGCUUUGUAACUCUCAGUCCUCGCUGUGAAUUCUUGUUGCUCGAAGCCUAACCAGACGGACAUGGGAAACCCGUGGCCUGUUUUCAGAGAGCGCCAAGCCAUCAGGAGCGCGGACCGUCAUUGCGACCUGUUUAUCUUAGGUGCCAUCCCGUCAGGGGGGGCAGGAGCCGGCGCGGGGUCCCCCAGUUUCCAGUUUGAGUGUGGAGUGGGUUUCCACUGCUGGCAGCAGAGCCUCACCUUUACCAAGGUGGUAUCCAGAGCCAGGCAGACAGCUCGAGGUGCCUUUCAUGAGAAGGGCAUGCCAGGCAGGUCUGCGCUGGGAGGGAGUUACUGACAGUGAGGUGCAAUGAAGUGACAAGGUGAGAGCAGAACCCUAAAAGCUUUGAAUUUGAAGUGAUGUUUCCCCAUAAGUUAUUUAUUCCUUUUUUUCUGUGUAAAUAUAUUUAUUUUACUGUGGAGCUCUAACAUCAACUGGGUGGUAACAUGCAGAAUGUAUGGUAGGAAUGUAUUUCUUGUAGGAAUGUAAAUCUGUAUGAAAAGGGGGUCCAAGCCAGACCUCCCCCCAUCUUCUCAUUGAAUGCACAGUCCACGUUCAUUUUUACUCUUAAUCUCAAAUAUGGGUCUAUUUGAAAUAUGCAAAAGGUAUGGACAAAGGAAUGUUUUAAUACCUCCAAAUUUUUAAGAAAAUCUAACAUCAAAAGGGUUGAUAUUUUUAAAUGUUUUCUUAGUAGCACUUUUGCUUGAUGACAGAGGGCCAAUCACACGGGCACCCACUUUUCAUACCAAAGGGUGAGAAAUGGCCACACCUCCCAAACCUACUGGGUGUCUUUAUCAGCUGAGCUUUUGAUUGCCAUAGCCCCUUGGAGUGCCCCAGCUACCCUAAGGUCAAUCAAGGAAACUUUUUUCAUGAAAUAAGCUCCAAAGAGCCAAAGUAUCAACUUACAGAUCAUUUUUAAAGCUUAAAUUUAUUAUUAACCCCCUUUGCGGUAAACAAUGAAUUAAGAAUACCGCAAGGACAGCCUUCUUCAAUGACAGAUAUUAAAAAAAAAAAAAAAGGAAAAAAGAGACUCUACUUUGUGCAGCGAUUGUUAUCUACUGUAUAUGAAUUGUCUUAAUUUCAAAACUUUGCUUUUAGAAAUUGGAUCUUUAUACAUUUUCUGAGGAUACUGGGAAGAGCGUAUCUGACUUGUCCGAGCUGUAAAUGGUGAGCUCCCGGACCCGCCCCGCGCCCGGGCAGCGGGGUGUGGGGGCUCCUGCCUGUGUACACGUGCUCCCGAUGCUUCCAAGAGUGAGUCUACGUGGUUCUUGAAAAUAAGCCAGGAUCAAAUGCUCUUGCAGACAAAGCCAAUCAAAAUUGUGGACUUUUGGGGAUACUAAGUUUGGAAGAAAAGUGUACAAACAAGAUGUUGCAAAAAGAUGUACAUACAUGUUUGGUGCAUGGGUUUGUCAAAACAGAGGUGUGACCUUUCCCCACAGACCUGAGAGCUGUGCCUUUUCUAUGCAAUAUUCCAGACGUCACAUCGGAACCCAGAGGGCUGUGUUCAAUGUAGGUUUGGGCUGUAAUCUAAACUAUUGGACAGAUUAAAUGUACAUGAAAAUGAGCAGUCUUUUGUAGUUUUAUAUUAUACAAUAAACCGUUCACAGAUGA